CCUCCGUCCAUCAUGUCGUCCAACGCCGCGGCGCAGCGCGAGAAGCUCGACGCUCCCGCCUCACACUACACUCAAAAGUCGUCAGUAAAUGCGGGAAUGUCAGCCGCUCUUACCGGGUUGGCAGCGGGCACUUUCGUAUCAGCGGUGCAGAACAGCUUGGGAAAGCACGACCGUGGUGCGUUGGGUAUCUUCACGAGAACAGGAUCUACCGUGGCUUUCUUCACGGCCGCGGCGGGAACGUUCGCUUUCACCGAUGCAAUGGUAGCUAAUGUCAGGCAGGAGGACGGGGCCAUGAAUGCUGCUGCUGGCGGGUGUGCGGCGGGAUUCGUUGCUGGUGCUCAAGCGCGCUCCGUCCCCAUGAUGUUCGGUAGCUGCUUGGCUCUUGGCACCCUCAUGGGAACAUUCAGAGCAGCGGGCGACUCGCUCACUGGACCGUACAAGGAGGGUUUGCCCCUCGCUGCAGGUGGCGGAGAUGAGAACCAGCCUGACUGGAGAGAGCUGAGGAAAGAGAGGAGGAAUGCGUUCUUCAAGCAACCGAAGGAGACGGAGGAGUCAGCGUAGAACACAGCUGGACGGGACUGGACAGGACAGAACCAGGACAG